AUGAGGGAGCGAGACCGGGAGAGCAGAGAGAAGGGAGGGCGAGGGUGGGAGAGACAUAGACACGCAGAAGAAAGACGGCAAGGCAAUGAGAGGAAACCUUCCAGCAGCGACUCUCCUCGGGGGCACAGCCGUGAAGAGAGGACGAUUUACGGGCAGAGAGAGGGAGACAGGAAGGACGCGCACCGUUGGAAAGGGGAGGGAAGUCACCGGAGAACUCGGUCGAGGAGCUCGUCGCGGGAAGGCCGCAAGGCAGGACACAGAGGGAGAGCCUUAGAGAGAAGAGACUCCCCGGAGUCGGCUGCCGGUGCUCACGCCUUCUCGUCUUUCCAUCACCGAAGCGACUCUUCCCGGCCUCACCAGUGGACGUCGCCGGGCUGUAGCGACUCCGACUUCUCGGCCUCUUCGCGGCGCUGUCGCCAGUCGCCUCAGAGGAGGCGCGAGAGGAACACAGAGAGAGACGAGAGGAGGGAACGAGGGGAGAGAAGGGAGAGGGAAUGGAGACGAGACAGAGGAGAGGGAACUGGAGAAUGGAGACGAGACCGAGGAGAGGGAACUGGAGAAUGGAGACGAGACCGAGGAGAGGGAACUGGAGAAUGGAGACGAGACAGAGAAGAGCGAAGAGAGAGAGAAGAGCGAAGAGAGAGAGAAGAGCGAAGAGAGAGAGAAGAGAGAAGAGAGAGAGAAGAGAGAAGAGAGAGAGAAAAGAGACGAGAGGAGAGGCUGUGGAGCAGAAGAGAUCGAGAAGAUUGCUCUCGCUCCUUGUCUGUGACGAGAGCCCAAAAGGGUGCAGGAAGAGAAGAGAGGAGAGGGAGGGAAGACAGGACUUCCCAUCGACGGGACAGCCCGGAGAGAUCGUCGUGGAUGAGUGAAGCGCAAGACAGCAGACAGAAUGGGAGACAGAGAUCGAAGAGAGAGGAGAGCCAGGAGCGAGAGGGGGACUCCCCGGGGAGAACGGCUUCGUCUCGUCAGAGAUAUUCGCCAGGUAGGAGCUUCGGUGAACACACACGGAGAGAAAUCCCUCGAGACGCAGGGUGGCCGCGCGAGGGAGAAAGGAAAGCCCGCGAGGCCUCGUCGCGCGGACCUGGAGAUGGCGACGGGCAUCUGGAGGCAGAGAGAGGAAGGAAAGAGGAUUACGGAGGAAGAAAGGGUGACGAGAGAGGAACGUCUUCGCCUUCUCGCGGCAUUCCGGCUCCCAUGUUCGCUCGCAACGGCCGUUCGUUUUCGCGGGAGCAGUAUCCUCCCUCAGUGCACGGCAGUCGCGAAUUUGGACGAGAGAGAAGAGAGAGAAGAGAGGGCGACAGAUCGGAGGACGCUGGAGACAGGAACGAAGGCGUCGCGAGUGCCUCCGUCUCGGUCGUCGCCCGAGUUCCAGGUAGGGAGGAAACGAGAGACGCUCAAGACGGGACUGUGCAUGCCUCUUCAGUGUCGAGCCUCCCCAGUGCGGGCGCGGCCAAUUCGGCUUCUCACUCGAGUUACAACUCUCUUCCUCCGCCUUCUUCCCUCUCAUUCGUCUCGUCCCCCGCGUCCUCAGACUGCACUGUCGGCUGCGCCUCUUCUGCUCCACGUGCAUGUGCACCUGGACCGGCCUCGUCGCCCGCCGUUGUGCUAACUCCGCGUGCGGCGUGUGGAUCUCUGGCGAACCGAAAUCAAGUUUCUUCGAGCGGAGGCGAAGAUAGACAGACGGGAAGUUUUGUUUUCCCCGAAGAGCGCCGCGUGUCGGCGGAUGACGGCCGACACCUGGUUCACGAGCAACGUCCACGUGAUGCUACAACCGAAGGAUCUGGCCGCGAACUUUUCCCAGGUGUAGGUACAGCUGACGUUCACUCGGACGCGGUUCCCGCUGCUUCCUUUCGGGGCCCUUGGACUUCGUUCUGUGCCUCCUCUCGCGAGGCAAAUCCACCGCUCUCGCUUCCUCCCCACCACGAAGCGGGAAGAGACUUGAGCGCUCCCUCUUUCUCUGCUGUUCCUCGCCCUCCUCCUCCGCCUCCAUCGUCUGAUCCGCUGCCGUCUUCUUCGUUUUCCUCCUCUCCGUUUCCUUCUCCGGCUUCGUCCUUUUCUUCUUCACGUUCUUCCUUCUCUUCUGCGUUUUCUUCCUUUUCAUCGCCCCCCUUUGCAUCGUCUGGUGCCUCGUCUCAGGCUCUCUCGUCGCAGUGGCGAGAAGCGCACCAGGGAGACAGAGCCACGGACAGUUCUCCGGACUUUUCUUCGUGGACUGUCUCCGGCUGUGACCCUAACUUGCGAUUAAUGUCUUCCUCUCACGCCCCUCCUCUUUUUCCUCCCGUUUCGACUGGUUCCGCGUCUCCCUGUUUCCCCUUCGUGGACCGAGACCCUCCUCCGCCCGCUGCUCCGCCCGCUGCUCCGCCUUUUCACGCGCCUUCUGCGACGCCUCGGGGGUGCGACCAGCGCGCCGCCCCGAGUGUCCCUCCUCCGCCUCCAGAGUGUCUCUUUCCCCGUCCGCGCUGCCCGCCUUUCCCUCUGCGUGUGGGACGGCCGACUCCGGCUGACCCUGGUUUUCCCUGUCAGGAGACAGAGAGGAGGGAGGCAACGAUGGAGGCGACCGAGAAGACAGGCGACAAGAGACACGAGCGCGAAGCGCCGGACCAAAGACCGACGGUAGGCCCCUGGAGACAGCCUGGAGCUGGCCGCCCUUCUCUCUCUCUCCAGUCUUCUGCGUCUUCGAGUGCGAUGGUCUCGCCUCCCUCGACCGCCUGGCCUUCUUCCCUGGCAUCGCUUCGUUCCGUCUCGUCUGCUGGGGUGGGAGGCGAGGCGAGCAACGGGCACGUGCGCUUGGAGCCUCUGAAGAAAGUGGAAGAGAACGGGAAGCACGGGGACACGCCGAGUCGCGAGACGCGCUUCACGGAUCCGCGGUUGGCGAAACGGAAUGUGCAACCCCGGAAGAUUUCGGAAGAAAGGGGAGACUCCUCAACCCAGCCGAAAGUUGCUUCGAUUUCUUCUCUGCCUCCCUCGACUCUGUCUCCCGCUCCCGUCUUCAGCCGCGAGCAGCUUCUUGGCGGCGUCUCUAUCAAACGCCCCAAAAAGAAAACCGCCGCCUCGUCUUCUGCUUCUUCCUCUUCUUCCUCUUCUGCAUCUGUGUGUUUGAGGCCUUCUCUCGAGGGGGACAUUUCGUGCCAGGGAGGAAAGAGUGCACGCGGCAGCAGCGCUUCGCCUCUGGGCGCACCGGAGUCUGCUGAGCCUCGGCCGUCUCUGCUGGCGCCGCUGGGGAGGCGUUUCGUCGGGGCCAAGGCGGCGGAGAAGCGAGGUUUUUCGCGCGGCGCCUUGCAGCGAGACUCGCAAGUCGCCGCCUAUCUCCGGCAAAUGCAGGCCGCGCAGUUAGUGGAGGGCUCGGCGCCAGCGGACGCCUUCGCGCAGUCCUCAGAGUCGGAAGAGGACGAGAGCGAAGGCGAAUGGACCGCGAGAGAGAAGGGGGAGACACAGGCUUCCGAGCUCGAGCGCGAAGCAGCGAAGGGCGGAACUGAAGACACAGGACAGAAAGGAAGUGCAACGCCGGAUGCCCGAAAGCCGCAGAGUGAAAGUGACUGGUCCUGGUCGCUCUCGUCUUUGUCUGACAUGUCGUACGAGUCAGAAGACGAAGAACUCUCUUCGUCUCUUGUUUGUGAACGGGGGAGGUUGAGAAGCAAGCGCGAGAGGGAAGAGGCGAGCAGUCUGCUGUUUCGGGCGGCGGUGAAGGCUGCUUCGGACCUGGCAGUUCUCUCCCGCAAGCUGAGAAAACAGAGAAAACGCGAGCGAAAAGCGCCGGCAAAACCCCAGGGCAGCCGAGAGACGUCGAAAGCGGAGAGAGGGCAAGGCGCGCGACACGACGCGGAGAGGCGCGAGACCAAGGCGACCGAGUGCGCAGACGCGUCGUCUCCUCCGCGUCCCCGUUUCUACGAAGCCCAGGCAAUGCUCGCCUGUCUUUCAGGCGACGUCCCGUCGCCCCCCUCCUUCCUUUCCUCUCCUUGUGGAGACAAGAAAGGGACAAAGGGACUGUCUCUGCUCGCCUCCUUACAGGCAGCUGCUCGGCAGGCGAGUCUCCUCGAUCGCGAGGCCAAGGCCACGCGGGCCUCACUGGCCAGUGAGGUCGCAGGCAGCAUGGGCGACUUCCACAGCUAUCUCCUGGACGGAGAAAGUGGGAAAGAAGAAAGGCGAGAAGGGGAGCGAGACGCAUGGCGAGAGAGCGAAGGAGAGGACGGAAUCGAUGACGCGUGCAGGUGUCAGAAAAGCUGCCUCGCUUCGAUCGCGUCGGAGCCUGCGGCAGAGACCGCCAGCUGCAGUGGGGCUGCGUCAUUCCUGCACAAAAUGCGGAAAGCUCGAGACGUGUUUCGACCUAGACGACCUUUGGAGACAAGAGCGAGACCACGAAACGCUCACACACGAAACGUUGAGCUGGACGGGAGCGGGGCCACGGUGGCAGGAAGCGGGAACAGACGCGCACCCGGCAGUGAGGGCGUUUUCAAGAGUUCGAAGGACGAGGCCGAAACGGAGGCUGAGACUCGAAGGCGCGGCGAUCCGACAUCUGCAGACUCUGCACAAGGCUUUCUGUCUCUCUCCUCGCGUUCUGCUGCGGCCCAACAACAGACGGGGGACACCCACGAGGAAACCCGAGGCUCGGCGCUCACCGCUCCAAAGAGAAGCCGAGAGGAGCGUCUCGGCGAGGGCGCAGCGUGCUCGCCUGCGCCGCCCGCCUUUGCAGACCCGUACGAGACCGUCGAUGCAGGCUGUCCAGGGCUCUUUCUUCCUACACACGUUCUGGAGCUGCAAGCGUCUGCAGCGCGCUCUUCUCAGAUCUCCGACUCCGCCUCAGCCGUCGCGUAUCUCCCGUCGCGGUCCCUGGGCGCCGCCGGCACUCGGCGAGGCCUUCUCGGUCUCUUCGACGUCGCCUCUCCCGCCGUCUCGCGCGUCGGUCCCCUCUCUGCCGCCUCUGCGUCCGCCUUGGCCGGGUCUCGAGCGGCGCUGGAGGAAAGUCGAGCAGGCGGCGAGGGCUGCGAGGGCGAAAACGUCGCGUCGCUCUCUUGGCACGAACGCGCAGAGUUUCUGGGCGCAGGCCGCGAGCGCGGCGCAGUGCAGAUUUUCGAUCCGCGGAUGCAGCGAGUCGCGACGGCGUGGCAGGCACAUCGCGGCCCCGUCGAAAAACUUCAGUUUAUUGGAAACAACGUUUGUGCCACGUCGUCGUCGACAGAAAUGUACGUUCGUUUUUGGGAUCUCCGCGUUCUGCCUUCUCGCUCUUCAUUCUCUUCCGUCUCAUCCGUUUCUUCCUUCGCCUGCUCUCCGUGGGACGAGCGGCUGCUCCGAGCGGUUAAAACCGACAGCGGCGUCUCGGCUUUCUGCGUCUCGGUGAACGAGACGCUUUUCGCAGUCGCGAGCCUUUCUGGAGAGGUGCUGGUGAUGACCUCGCCGAUCGGCGUCGAGCCUUGCGAGCAGCUUCUCCACUUUCCUUCGCUGAACGAGCUCGACUGUUUUUCUUCGCUCGCAUUCUCCCCGAACAGCCGGUGUCUCCUGGUCCAGGGAGAACGGCAGCACACUCAGCGCAUGCGCGAUGCCACGCGCUUGCUGUCCUAUCCGUUCUGUGAAGUGUGGGAUCUGCAAAACCCGAAACAGCGCGCGAAACUGCACACCUUCGCGUCGUUCUGGCCCCACAUGCGGCGUUACCCCUGCGGCCGGGUCGCUUCGAGCGCACGUGCAUGCGCCUCGGCGCCUCUCUUCGACUUGCCGUUCGCGUUCUUCCCAGGAGCGCUUGCAGUGAAUCGCGAGGACAACCUCCUCCCCCUCGCGAGCAAGACCGCCCCGCAAGCGAGAAAGAGCGACAAGGUGAAACGCUCCCGGAGGCGAGAGCUCGAAAAGGAGACCACAAACCCCAAGAACAGAGACAGUGGACCAAACGGACUGUCACGACACACCUGGAACUGCGCAGGCGCCUGGCACAGGACAGACACGCAAGAAGAGACUGAAGAGAAAGACGGGAGAACAGUGAAGGAAACGAAAGAAGGAGAAGAAAGAGAAGACAGAGAGGUAGGGAGAGGAGAAGAAAGAGAAGAGAUGGGCAGAUGCUCUGUUCCUCCGUAUCUUUUGUACUUGAAUACCAGUGCGUCUCGUUACCCGCGAUCGUCUUCGCCUGCUCGUCCUUCUCUCGGUGCGACGGCGGCGAGUUUCGAUAAGGCUCCAGGGCUGCGCCUGCAAGAAGGAAAGGACCGCGGGACGCAGGAGACAGCGCGCCCGUCUCUCUCUCAGCUGGUCACCGGCCGCGGGGCCCCGUGCGCGCGGGGCGAGGAACACGCCUGCGUGGCGGCUCGUGAUCUCACAAGCGCGAGGGGGAGAAGUCUCGAGAACAAAGAAGAGGGAGAGGAGAAGACGGAAAUGGAGACGGUUUUGAUCCAGAACGAGAUGAGAGGAAAAGACGAUGCCUCGGCCUUCACGCCGGCGCAUGCACCUUCGCUCUUGCAGCCGUCGACACAAAGAGAGAAAGACAGAAACUCCGAUCCACCGAACACCCGAAUCGGUCCCCUGGGCCUCCGCGAACACUGCAAACACGAGACCGGAGAUGAAGCUGAAAACAGCCAAGAUGAAGACGCGAGCAAUGGAGAGGAAGAAGACGCGAGCAAUGGAGAGGAAGAAGACGCGAGCAAUGGAGAGGAAGAAGACGCGAGUAGAGAGGACGAACGCGAGGCGCGCUUGUUCGACUGGAUGCGCGAAUCCGCUCGACGAUUCGAGGGCGACCUGGGUGGAGACGCCGCGUGGCCGCAGCGAAGAUUCGAGUGCGUCUUUUGGAGAGACAAAGUCGUGGGCGUUGGCGGGCCUGUGCAUCUGGCGGGUGCAAUGAAACUCUGGGAUGCUUCCACAGGUUUUCUUGACAGCUGUUCGGUCUCCGCAUCGAGCCAGCACGUCGUUCGCAGCCUUGUGAGUCACCCGCUAGGCGGCCCACUCGUUCUCUCGGCGGGGCAGCGCAGCGGCGCUCACGCUGCGGUCACCUUUUGGGGAUACUUUACCGUCGACCAACUCGCGGCGUUUCAGAUGAUCUAG